AAAUUCAUCCUCACUCACCGACUCUCGUCACUUGUAUUUUGCAUUGUAACCUAGAAUUAACCCGUCUUUCUCUUUGUAUUUUGAAGAGGAGAGAAUAUUUCUACCUUUGAGAAAGGACCAUUCCUCUAUUUAUUAAGAAUGAGUGACAACAGUGCUGGAGGUGACUCUAAUGCAGGUAAUGACAGUGGUACCGGUGGUAACACACAGGCUAAUGGAGGAACACAACGACCAAAUACAGUCUUGAAUUUCAUGCUGUCCAACAAAGUUGAAGCAGCCCUAUGGCUGACAAGAAUAUUUACAGUUGUCUGUAGUUUUCUCUUCAUUUUUCCAAUCCUUGGAGGAAAUCCAUACGGCUUUUACCAGAGGGCGCUGAUCAGCAAUGCGGCGACCAGUGCGCUGCGACUUCACCAACGACUGCCUCACUUCCAGCUGAGUCGGGAGUUCUUCGGCCUGUUGUUCCUGGAGGACAGCUGUCAUUAUCUCAUGUUCUCUCUUAUUUUCAUGAACGGUUACCCCAUCACAAUGGCUGUCAUUCCAGUGUUCCUGUUUGCUCUCCUACAUGCUUGUAACUACACCAAAAAUAUACUUAAUGUGAUGGGACCAGAUUCCUUACAGUUUAUACGUAAAUUGAUUGACAAACUUCAACUCCAACAAAUCAACAUACUGCGAUUCAUCGCGUGCACAGAAAUCUUCAUCAUGCCAGCAAUCAUAUUCAUGAUGUUUGCAGGAAAGUGUAGCUUUUUUCUACCCUUUGUAUACUACAAAUUUUUAUCCCUGAGAUACACCUCCAGAAGAAAUCCAUACUGCAGGACAUUAUUCACGGAGAUGAGAAUGACCGUUGAACACUUCACUGCCACGCCCAGCUGCCCGGGGAUCAUCAGGACCGCCUGUCUGAAGGCCAUAGCAUUCAUCUCCCGCUUGUCCCCCCCAAUCCCUCAGUGACCCCUCACUGACCCCUAGUCAUUGUCUGUGUGUCUGUGGUGAAUUGUGCCGAUUGUGAUACAGAGAGACUGCAGGUUGAUGUGUGGAGAAGAUCUCAAUGUUAUAAAACAGAAAAACAUCUUAGUGUUCUAAAUUUUAUUUUACUCAGAGGCAUUGAUUUAAUGCAGAUUUGACUGUAGUGUCAGUAUGUUUAUAGGUCACUUUUGGUAGCCUUGGUUCUUAUAUUACAACUGAUGAACAGUUCAACACUGUCUUUUUCAAUGACAAAAAAAAUGAAAAAUAAUAAUGGGUAGUUUAUAUUUAAACAGUAAAUUAUUGCAUGGCUGAAAUGAAAUUUCAUAUAAAAUUUACUUUAUUUUGGUGUCAGAGUAUUUCCUGUGAUGAAUUUUUAAAAUACACGUAUAUUGAGGUAGUGUUGGCAUCCAAAAUAUAUUUGUUUGCAUCCCAUUUUAGGACCAAAUUUUCAUGUAAACUGUCAUAAAAUGCAUAUCAAAAUUAGAUUGAAAUUGAAAGUAAAAAAAUUCAUACUUGAAUAGUGUGGGAUGCCAAUUUGCUUGUAUUAAUGAUUAUAUAAAUUUUAUUAUAAAUUUUAUAAUAAUUAAUAUUAGAGUAAUCUAAACUUGUGGAAACAUUUCUGUCUUGUUUCUUUAAUUUUUUUUCAUCUCUUUGUAAGGUAAUUUUCUAUGUGUGUGAUUUUUUUAUUUUCAAUAAAACAUAAAAAAAAUAUUUUCUGGAUU